AUGGGAAAGAGAAGCAAGAACGCAGCUGCAUUUGAUGAAAUAAUUCAGAAGUAUGAAAGAUCGCCUGCUGAGUGCACAGACAAUAGUAGACACAGAAUAAUAAGCAAUGAGCAGUCUAUUUGCUACAAUCAUAUUUUAGGCAUAUGCCCAAGGACUGAGCUAAGACAAAACUACAAGAAACCCUGCAUAUUUUACCACGUACCACUAGAGGAGAAAGAACCUUCUGUAUUUUUAGACAUAUUCAACGACUUCCCCCAAAGAGUAAAAUACUUCCAAAAUAAGAGUCAUCUUAUACACUGCAUGAAUAAAUUAAAGGAUGAAAUAAAAGAAAUUCUUUCAUCAUUAAUUGCGGUAAAACACCAGCCGCCACCAGAAGUAUUAGAAUAUAAUACACUCAAUGAAGAGUAUUCUAUUUUUAUAAUUAAUGGGUAUAAAAAAAUGGCAGCGUAUACAAAGACACAGCUAAGACUUCUGGAAGACAAGAAUGCAAAGGCUGGUGUGAGUAUGAUUCGGUGCAAAGAAUGCCCGCAGUCUUUACCUUGGGUGGAAAGCGAAAGAGAGAAGCACUAUACAGGAAGAGUGCAUUUGGCAUACCAUAGAAUGCAGCAAUAUAUACAGAAGUAUUAUUCAAAGCAGAAUUCUAUUAUAUAACUAAGAAAUUACUGCAUAUAUUGUGUGUACAUGUACAUUCUGGUGAUUUUUGAUGUUUGAAUUAAAAUACCCGUUAGAACAAAUAUUACUGUAUAAAUGCUUAAU